CGCAUGGCGGCGGCAGAAGGCGGGAAGUGGCGCCAUGAGGCGGCGGCAGCCACAGGGGCAGCAGGAGCGGGGUCGGGUCCUGUCCGGAGCUGUCGGGGCUUUGUGCCGAGCUCUACCCUCCCGUUCCCGGCCUGCCCCCGACACCCUCCGCUGCGCCAGGUUCGACCGACCGCAGGCGAGCCUGGAUUUCUGGAGGCUGCUCUAUGCUCUUCUCAAACAGAUCCAUGGAGGCAAGUGGACUGAGGCUGAAACCAUAGACAACCAAAUCAGGUUUGUAAAGUCCUCCCUGUGGUACCAUGGCUAUGGCAGAGCAGAACUCUACCAGCUCCCCUCUGAUGGCUCAGUGGGAAGUCGGGAGCUGCUGCUGGCAUUUUCCUGGAUGCUGCACAGACUCAGCCUCUUGGAGCAGCUCUUGGCUCAGAACAGAGUGAGGACUGGAGAUGAAACCUCUGUGUGCACGUGUGAAGAUGAUCUGCCUAACAACCAGAAAGGCACAACUGAAGCAGCUCCUGAAUGUGGCCUGGAAAACAGAAUAGAUAUUAGAUACCUUCAGUGGUUAAAUGGGAGGCUGAGGUUCCAGUGGCAGAGUUUGCAUGCUCAGCACCAAGAGCACUGCAAACUCUUGCACAAGAUCCAUUUAUUCACCACUGGAUCCCACAUGGACCAGAGUCUUGGACAUUUUUCUGUCACAGAAGCAGAUCUGGUUAGACACCCAAAGAACUACAAGCAGCUCUUGCAGCUUCUGGAGACUGAAACCAUGCAGCUAGAAGCCUUUUUGGAGUGGAAGCAACUGGAGGCAGUUUAUUGGCAGUGGAUGGAAACUGUGCUGGAUAAUAUGACUGAAGAGGGAAAUCUGUGCAAGUCCCAGGGCACUCAAGUGGAGAAAAGCAGUCUGCUAAAGGUGACCUUGUGCUGCCCCUGGGCUGACAGUCUGACUGGGCAGAUUGAGAGAUUAUCCAGUGAUCUCUUGACUCUCCAGCACCAACUGCAGGAGCUGGUAACCCACAGAAAAGCUGCCUGGGCUGAGAAGGUGCAAAGAAGAGAAGAACUCCAGAAGGAGCUGCUCCCCGACACGGCGAGAAAGAUCCAGGAAAGAGUGGAACUAAAACUGCUGGAUCUUUGUGCUCCAAAAAACCAUCAGAUGCAUGGCUCCUGCAGACUGGUGUUGAGAAGCAGACAUCCUGCCAGCAUCAGGUGUGUCCCCAAGGAGGCUGUUUCAGGUGUCAGUGCUGCAGAGGUGAGCAGGGAGCUGCAGGUGAAGCAGGGCAGGCUGAAGAGAGAGCUGGAGAAGCUGCAGGAGGAGUGCAGGCAGAGGCUGGAGGAAAUAGCAGAAGGGUUGGAUGGAGUGAUUUGUAUCUCCCCUUGAAGAGAGAAAACUGGACUGAGUAGAGCAAAGACUUGAGCAGAACACCUCAGGAAGCUUGGCAUGGGGGAAUGAGAGGUGAGGAACUAAAUGUGAUAAUUAAUUUUUGGGAAUCUUGUUAACAGCUUUGUGACUUGCAUUGGGAUCCCAACCCUUCUAGUGCUAAACUUCCCAAUUAAAAUUCUCUAGCACUCCUUGUUGGGAGUGUGCAUGAAUCUCCUUUUCAUCUUUCAGGUUUCUAGGUUUUUCUGCCAAGCACUGGGCUCUUUUACAGCACUCAGCUGUGAGGCAGGGCAUACAUUGAGGCUCUGCACUGAAGUACUAAUUGCAUUCAAUAUUUUCCAGCAAAUGGAAGAGUUCAUUAGUCAAAAAAAUCCAGGUCGUGGAGAACAUGCAAAGUACCAAGGCUUGGGGAGCCUGGAAAUGUUCAAGUGUGCUGCUUUAAUUCAUCUGGUUUGCAUAUUUGUGGCAGCUAUAAUGCACUCACCAUAAGGAAAACCAAAUACCUAAUAAUAAAUAAAGCAGCAGACUGAUCUAAUUUACUGAUGUGAUGCACUUGAAGUAAUUGGGCUCUCAGAAAGAGCAAACUAGAAACCCAUUCCACCAAUUUAUAAGUCAAUGAGGUAACUUAUGAAACUGCUGUAGGAAAAUUCUGUAAAACAGAAAUAUGACCUUAACUUCUAAGCUGGCAGAAUCUCCAAGCUCUGUCUCUGGAGGCUUUUUCCCUAGAACAUGCAAAUAUCUUUCACUUGGCAUUCUUCUCUUUCCCUUAAUCUGUUUUGCUUUCACUGAGGAGUAUUUUUGUAUUCUAGUUGUACACUUUCAGGAAUAAAUAUAUUUAAAAAAAAC